AUGGUGGUACCAGACUCAUCACAACCACCACACCCAGAGUCCUAUGUUACUCGGUUGCGAGAGUAUUUCUCCAAUCUUCCAUCUAUGGGCCCCAGACAACAGUCACCUCCCUUUAGGGUGCCAGCAGACAUUGAGUCUUGGUCUCAUGUGUUUAUUAGGGAUGAUUCUGUCAAAGGGCCCCUUGUUUCUCCUUACAAAGGACCCUAUCGUGUGCUUUCUCGCACUCCAAAGUUUUUCAAGGUCGACGCUAAUGGUCGUACAGAAAUUGUGUCUGUCGACCGUUUGAAAAAAGCGUACCUUGACAAACCUUCAACUCCCGUGUUUCAAAUGCCGCACACACCACUAUCACCACACACAUUGUCAACGCCUUUACCAAUGCAUACACCAACAUCAGCACCAUCACAAUAG